AUGGUUAAAGUGCACGCUGUCCAGGAUGAAUCUAUUGAUGUCCAAAAUGCGGCAAAUGUGGACAAGGAUGCUUUACGACAGUCCGAGCGGGACAAGGCGAAACAUCCAGGCGGGCUGGCUUGGCGAAAGUACGGCAGACAAUUCCUCGCUACGUGGUCGUCGACUGUGCAAGAUGCCGUGGGACUUACCGGUAUCAAAUACCUUGUGAACAACCAAUCCAGUCAGCUUCGGAGGUUUGUCUGGACGCUUGCAACACUCGUCGGAUCACUUGCCGUCAUUUACCAGAUGCAAGAAAGAUACGCCCUCUUCGCCAGUGUGGCGAAAAGUGUCGACUUUGAGAUCGUUUACCCGACCAGUCUAGUGUUCCCAGCUGUCACCAUCUGCAAUUUCAAUACAUACAGGAACCUCAAUUUGGAUCAAGAGCCAUUCGGUAAAAUCCUGGAAGACUUCAAUAAUUUUGAUAUGUAUGGGGCGGUGAAUUUCUCAUCGUAUGAACCCCAACUUCGGGGAGUGAACCUGACUAAUCUAACGCUCCACUACGGGCAUCUAAUGACCAAUGGGAACAUGUUCAUAACAGGCGAAUGGGGAAACAGCGGACUGAUCUCUCCUGACAAUUUUUCAAGUGUUUUGACCGACUCUGGUCUCUGCUACACGUUUAAUGGUGGCGAAAAUGGCACACCACCGCUGACUGUUAAUUCCGCCGGUAAAGGGAAUGGGCUCAGCGUUCUUCUGAACCUGGAGCAGGACUAUUAUUAUUACUCUGCGGCUACUCCGAUUUCUGCCGGUUUCCUCGUAGCUGUGCACGAACAGGGGAAGGUUCCGCCAUUGAUGCGUUCUGUAGGAAUAUCUGUGCCACCGGGCACAGAAGCCAGAAUUAGUAUACGGAAGAAACAGAUAAAGAACAUAGGGAACACUGGUGAUUGCGGUACCAAGGAACUGAAAUAUUUCAGUUCUUACACCUCUAUUAAUUGUCGACGAGAGUGCGAAGCCCAGGUAAUCCUGGAUAAAUGCGGAUGCGUUUUACCCUUCGAAGCAGUUCACCAGGACUUGAGAGUCUGUGACCCCAUUGAAAUGCUGUCCUGCGUAUACACGUAUUCCGAGAUUCUUGGUGUAUGCGAGUGCCCCAUGGAGUGCGAGAUAACUAAGUUCAUCCCAAAACUGUCCCUCCUUUCAUAUCCAUCUGAAUUUGUGAGUGAUUUCUACGAUUCCGAAUUUUUUUUGUCAAAAGAGUUUGUUAGGAACAACAUGGUAAAGAUGGAAAUCUACAUGGAAGAUAUAGCUGUUGAGACAAUCACACAACAAAGAGCAUAUGACUUCUUUGAAUUUCUGUGUGACAGUGGUUGUGCACUCGGACUGUGGCUUGGGGGAAGUAUUCUAACCGUAGUUGAGAUUCUUGAUCACCUCUUUCAGUGCAUUCUUGCCCAAAUGAAUACGAAAUAA